GAUGCCUACGGAGUGGGAACGGCCCCAUAUGCGGUGGACACUACGGCUCGAGUACGUUCUGUCAGACCGAACUGCACUCGAUGCUUUCCGUGACUGGCUCGUCGCCAAUUCCAAUCCUCAGCCUCUGGAGCUGCAUUUCGCAGUACUUGCGUACGAUCGAAUGUCAGCUCAACGAAACGCCCAAACUGCCGAAUUGGCUCGAUCGAUCUAUCAGAAAUAUAUAUCCCUUCGAACGGCAUCGUGUUGUUUCAACUUUAUCCCUCACAAAAUUCGACAAGAGGUAAUCAUCUUUUGGCAUUGUGCCAGAAAAGUCAUGACAAUUUCCGUUUAUUUUCCAAGAGUUUUUAUUUGUAAAACCUUCAGUCAAAUUUAUAGCACCAGGCGGGCAAACCGUAUAAGGUGCUUUGUGCCACCUGCUUUAUUGCCACAUACCAAGCUCUCGCUUGCGUACGAACAUCUAGAUUACUGUAUAAGUCGAGUAUCUGUCCAGAAUAUCGGCAUACGUUUGAAGUCGACGGGCUCCGGUUUUCCUGACCCUCGACUCUUCGCUGGUGUAUUGCCUUAUCUUGACUCUUUCCUUCGUCAGCAGCACGAGCAAUUUGUUUGUUCCGAAGAGUUUCUGGAGGCAUUUAAUAGGGUAAACAUGAGUGGAGAAGAUUCUGGCGAUACACCAUCAGAACGACGUCGAUCUGCUACGAGUUCAAAAAAACCUCAACUCACUGCGGAAACUUUGAUGAAGUCGAGACAUGACCGAGAGCACGUUUUGGGGGAAAGUUCGCUAGAAAAGAUGUACCCUACAUCGAGUAUGCCCCGUCCUUAUGUAUGCCACGCGACAACCAGUCAAAAUGACAGCGCCGUUUCGUCGUCAUUCUCAUCGGACGCCAACGGACAUAGGCCCACAAGAUUGCGCAGCAUUCGAGAGGAACACCUACGUGGGAACCCCACGACAUUUGCUAUUCCGCGUGUUGAACAUCACUCAAAAGGUGACACUAUGCAGUUCGAUCAUAACACCGAUGAAGGGCGACGAACGUUUGCUGCUGUUCUUUGUAAGAAGCUGAGUCGGUUACAAGCAAGACGUGAACGAAACGACGAAACUGAGCGGCAACUAAGAGCCAUUGAAGACAGAAAGUGCACGACCCGUGAGCUGAUUACGACUUCUGCAGCUGUUCAUGAUGUUGCAUGUGAUGAUGACGAAGACGUGGAGUGUUAUUUGGAGCGAAUGCGAGAGGAUAGCCUAAAAGCCUCUGCCAAUCGCUCUCCGCGGCUCAAUGCUCUCUCACCAAGGCCAUUUUCUCCUGAACACUUGAAAUCUGGUUGUGGUACAGCUGGAAGCAACACUAUGGGAGUUAUGUCGAUGUCGAUGUCGGCUUACCCACGUUCAGCGAAUCAGUUUGCUCCACCACCCUUGCCUAAUACAUUUAACACCUCUGGAGUUUAUUAUAAGGAGCCAAGGAAUCCAAACCAAACAGCUCCGAUUUAUGAUUCUUCUGGAGUGGAGUCAAUGGCACCAUCGGCAUUCUCAGAUAUAUCGAGAGGUUCGCGACGAAUGCCAAUGAUUCCACCUGGAUUAUGCACUCCUCGAAAAGCCCGCCGGUCCCUUCCGUCCGCAGGACAACAGCUAAUGACCAUAUCCUACAAAGGCAAGCGAGCAUGUGUUGAUGGGGUACCUGUAGUAGCGCAUGUACCGGUUCCACAGGCUGGAUUGACAUUGAAGGAGUUUCGUCGGCAUUUCUCCAUCUCGUCUCACUCUAAUGUGCAGUUCUUUUUCAAAACAACAUGCGAGGAUGGUUCUGCUCCAUAUCAGCUUCUUUUGGUAAACGACGAUUCAGCCUGUCUUCCUGUAUUCGAAGGAAAAAUAACAGCUGAACUGAAAAGAAUAUCACCAGAAUAG